GAGGCGGCGCAUGCUCAGAGAGUCUGUGGUGUUUUUUUGCCUCAUCGCUUCUCCUUAGCUACGCAACUAGGGUCUCUCCCGGACCUGGGAGGCGACAGCCGGCAGAGUCCGUGUGCAUGGCCCAGCGGCCGGCCCUGGGAAGCCGGGCUCUGACGAGACCUUAGGGAAAUGGAACCCACUGGUGAUGCCCGAAGGGGUAGGCCUGGGAGGCGGUCUACGCGUGCGCAGAGUCUCGGCCGGGGUGGCGAUGCGCGCGCAUCCCCGGCCGCCGAAGUCGCUACGAACAGCCCAGCCAGAACCAUCUGUUUCUGCCCUGAGUGCGGGGGGCAGGUCAAGCCCACUUUCCACUUCUGCCCAUACUGCGGAGACCUCUUGCCAGCUAAGGAUGAGAUGGGGGACAGAAGCUCUCUGGAGGAGCAUGACACCUCGGGAGAAGUCCCCCAGAAGAGAGAAGCCCACCAAGGCCAAGGGGUCCCGAGGAAGAAAAGAAAGUGGCCCCUGCCCAUCCCCUCAUCUCCCCCAUCCACCAGCAUAUCCCAGAAGAUCGCCAAGGAGGAAGCAUCACCUAGCUUCCUGGGGAAGGCCAGAGGCCAGGACCCCCGCCAGAGACAAAAGCCUGUCAAAGCAUCGUCUCCAGAGUCUUUGGGGAAGUCCAAGGUCCUGACGGACAAAGAUGGCCAGUGCUGGAGGCUGGGGGCGCUGAUGCCCAGCAGCGAGAGUGGGAUGCUUUUUGAAGCCGUGUCAGCCUCUGAAACCACCUUUCCGAAGCAAAGAUUUUCCCUCAAACUAGACUUGAAAAGUGGACGCCUCUUCCACGAACAGAUCUUCUUCCAGAGAGCAGCGAAAGAGAAAGAAGUGGACAGAUGGAAGAAGUCACACUCGAUUCCCUUCUUGGCCAUCCCAGCUUGUGUCAGCUUUGGCCUGUACCAGGAUACCCACAGGUUCCUGGUGUUCCCUGACCUGGGAAGAAGCCUUCAGUCAGUUCUGGAUGACCGCCCCAAGAACAUUCUGACAGAGAAGACUGUGUUCCAUCUCUUGUUCAGACUGGUGGAUGUGCUGGAGUUCAUCCAUGAGAGUGAGUACGUUCAUGGGAACAUUUCCGCAGAGAACAUCUUUGUGAAUCCGGACACAGCUGGCAAGGUCACCCUGGCUGGCUACAGCUUUGUGUUCAGAUAUUGCCCAGGGGGGAAACACGUGGCACUGGUGGAGCAGAAAAGAUCCCCUCACCAAGGAACGCUUGAAUUCAUCAGCCUGGAUCUGCACAAGGGGAUAGACCCCUCCCGCCGCAGUGACAUGCAGGCCCUUGGGUAUUGUCUCCUGAAGUGGCUCUACGGGGCCCUGCCCUGGACCAAUCAGCUUCCUGAUGCCCAGGCAGUCAUGAGGCAGAAGGAGAGGUUCCUAAACAAUGUGGCUGAGCUCAUGAGGCAGUCCUGUGGCCAAAGACAGCCCCCAGAAGCUCUGAAGGCCUACCUGAACACAGCAAUGGCUCUUCGGUAUGAGGAGAAACCCAACUACCAAAUGCUGCGGACCGUCUUGAUGUCGGCUCUUGAAAAACACUGUAUUGAACCGUACGACUCCAUCAACUUCUAGCCUGCCCCAGAGAUUUAUCUUCUAUAUUCUUCCCUUUGAGUGUUUUCUCCAAAAGCAAUUAUGAAGCUAGUCGGAGUAUCAGUGUGAAGCUCUUCUGGACACAUGCCUAGAGUGCAGAACACUCUGCGUCUGCUUCAGAGCUGAGCUGUUUUGGAGAUGUUUAGAUUCUCUCAGAAAGCUUAUUUCUUAAACCUUAGAUAAUGUGAGAAUCCAGUUACCUCCCAUGAGACCUAUACUGUUUAAGUGGAAGCCAUGGUGUAGGCAGGAAUGCUCAGGGUGUGGCAUCGCCCUUAUCCCAGACUGUGUCACUGAGGGUCAGGGGCUGUGGGUCAUCCCACAGGGGUCCAGAGGUGCUGUAUCCACAGUGGUGCUGGAGCUGAGCUCUACAUUGGGCCUGUCCCUGCUUACGCUUACAUGGUCUGCUUGUGGCUACAGUCACCCAACCUCAGAGCCCCCAAAGUGUGGAUGCGUCUCACCCACAGAGGUAUGCUUCUGUCCAUGGCCUACAUUCUUCUUUGAUCUGCCAUCACACAUUCUUGUCUCCUGGUCUCCUGGUUCCCACUGCUAUGUACCUGAUCACAGCUAUGUGGCAAGACCCAGUUACAUCGCUUUCAACCCCCCAUUAAUGUGGUUGUGGCAUACCCAUAACCACACCCAGGAUGCAUUCCUGUGCAGCCUGGUACAGUGUGAUCGCAAUGGGCCACUGCUAAUGACUCCACCUGCAUGCCCACACCGUGCCCUGGCUGCAGGAGUACUGCGUGGCUGCACAGCUGGGCUGUAGGGAGGAAUCCUUUUGCCACAUCUUCUGGCCUCAGUCUCCAGAAAACACAAACUGUUCUCUGGACAAUCCGCCCGUGUGGCCUCCUAGAGACACUUGGAGCAGUUCUGAUAGAAAGGCCUUUAGGAAUCAUCUACAUCAGCCAACAAACGGAUUAGAAGUUGUGGAGCCCACCAGGAGCCCAAACAGUUUUGCCUAAAGUAUUUAGACCAAAGCACAGGGUGGUGCAUGAUGGCAGAACCCAAAGGAAACUUAUCCUGAGUAAGAAACUUUCACCAAGGACAUGACUCAUGAACCAGGCCUUCGUGGAUUUGCAUCCCUGAAGUGGAAAAGAAGGUUCAGAAUAAAAGCCUGGAUUUCAGAGAGCAUGCGAUGGGGAGAUAAGCCCGAGACAUGAGACACUGAGACCCAGCUGGAAAGGAGGCAUCUAUCCCAAUGCUACCCUCUCUGAGAAUCCCUAUUCCAACCAACAAAAUGACCCUCCUGUGCUUGAGGACCCACAGUGAAGGGGAACUCAUGACGCUACUAACCAUGACAGAGACAAGCCAGACCUGAAAGGGGCCUUAGAUGCCAUGAGGCCAGACUGGCCCCAAAUUCCCUCUAGGACAUCCUCCACAAGCCAUUAUGCAGAUUUUUCUUGAAGACCUGGAAUGGCUAGGAGCUUACCAGCCGCCGAGGCAGCCCAAGUGUGUCUGGUAUAGCUGAUUAGUAGGACUCUUGUCCUGUUUAGACAGAAUCAGAAAAGACUCAGAGGCCAAGUCUGACCACUUCAUUUUUAUAGACGAGGCCCAGAGAUGGGCAGAAACUAGCUCAAAGCCACUGGCUCACUGGCUCACUGGAACUGGCUCAAAGCCAAAGUAGCAAACUGCUUACCGGACUCGCUGGACUGUAAUAGGAGGAUGCUCCCCUGGGUGCCGAGUGACCCCAAGAUUUCUGUGAAAUUUUUAACGUUCUUUGCUCAAUACUCAAUGUUUUUCUUAGAUGAUAGAGCCGAGAGAGAGCUUAUUCAGACGUUUCCGCCACGUCCAACUCUUCAUGACCCCAUUUUGGGUUUUCUUGGCAACGAUACUGGAGUGAUUUGCCAUUUCCUUCUCCAGUGGAUUAAGGCAAACAGAGGUUAAGUGACUUGCCCAGGGUCACACAACUAGUGUCUGAGGUCAGAUUUGAACUCAGAUCUUCUUAUCUCCAGGCCCAGGCCUUAAUCCACUAAAGAUCCUUAAUUCCAUACUCAUUUUAUUCAUUUGAAAUUUUUUGUUUUCAAUUCCAUUCAUUUCCCUGAUGAUUUUUUUUUCCUUUGGAUGUUUUUUUGGGUGGUUUUCUUUUGUGUUCAAUUUGCUGAUUUUAGGAUUUGUUUUAAAAACUAUGUUUAACUUAUCUCUUUGGUUCACAUAAGUGUGUUUGAUUUGUUAAAUAUGUUGUACAAUAUGGAUUGGUGUUUUCUCAUGGGA